AUGAGCGGGCAGGCCGCCAGGGCGCCGCCAUCGGCGGCGGCGACGCGCCCUGACAUUAUCGACCUGUUGGACAGCGAUAGCGAGGACAGCCCAUUGCGCACCACUAGCGGCCGAGGUGCAGGGCCCUCCGGCCGUCAGGCCACAACAUCAGGCCAGCGCAGGCAGCAGCAGCAGCAGCGGCGCCGCUCGGCUCCAGGGAUGGCAGCAGCCGUGGGGGCACACGCCGACGUGAUUGACCUGACGGGACCUGCGGCGGAAGCCGACCUGCAGAUAGUGCGCAGCACAGUGCAGCGACUGCCAACGCGAGGCGUGAAGAGAUCUCGCCCCACAGCGGCGCAGCAGCUGUCGCCCAUGAAGCAGCUGCUGCUGCAGCAACUGCGCAACCCGCCACCGCCGCCGCCAGCGGAGCCCGAGCCAGAGGGCCCCAAAUGUGGCAUUUGCAUGGAGCCCAUGGGCGGCAGCCAAGGCCGCCAGAUGGCCAGCGGCAACUGCGGUCACGUCUAUUGCUACGACUGCCUGGUAGCGGCAGUGCGCACGCAGAAGAAAUGCCCGACGUGUCGAAAGGGGAUGCAGCAGCGCCAGAUCCACAAGGUGUUCAUCAAUACGUAA